AUGGCUGACCCGAAAGGGCUCUUUGCAGAAUGCGCCUUCGCCUUCGUGCCUUCUGCGUACCUCGCACCCAAGGAGAUUGGCGAUCUCACCGAGAUUGUCAUAGGACGCGGCGGCGAGGUCCUCGAUCCGCGACGCGACGGCUCCAUUCGACUGGAACAGGUCACCCACAUCAUCGCGAACACGAUCGACUUUCCUCAGUUCACCGAGACCCAAGCCUUCAUGAUCCCGGUCGUUAACUCUAACUGGAUCAAGGCCUCGAUUCAAAGGAAUAAGCAGGCUCAGGUCCGCCCUUACUCGCCCGAUCCGCGCAUGUUCUUCUCCAAAAUCAACCUGACCUGCGCCGACCUCCCCGAAAUUGACAAGGAGACAAUCAUCGGCGCAACGCUCGCUAUGGGCGGUAUGGAGAGCGUCGACGUCACCCGACAGACCACACAUAUCUGCGCCCUCGACAUGAACAAUGCUAAGUGCACCACUGCUGUGGAAAAGGGCCUCAAAUGCAAGAUUGUUCUGCCUCAUUGGUUCGAAGACUGCUUCAAGCUCGGCAAGCGAAUCGACGAAGGGCCUUACAUGUUGCCCGAUCCCGAAAUCUUGAGGAACCCCGAUGCGCAAACAGAUGUGCAGGUUCGCGAAAACGAACAUCUCAACGGAGCCACGUCCACUGUACCUGACUAUGUUAUUGAAACUACGCGCAAUACGGCCACCAUCUUCCAGGGCAAGAGUGUCAUGCUGUCGACAGACCUCUCUAUCAGCCCCCGAUCGCUGGAUAUCAUCAAAUCACUUGUCAUCAAUGGAGGCGGUAAAGUGGUGGAAGAUGUCGACGAAUGUGACUACUUCAUCUGCCAGUAUCGCGAUGGUGAGGACUACGUGAAGGCAGCCCAGUCAGGCAAAGACGUCGGCAAUCUUGCCUGGCUCUACCACCUGAUCACGCACAACCAAUGGACCUCGCCACUGCGCCGCUUGCUUCACUACCCCGUUCCAAAAGACGGCAUAGAGGGUUUCAAGGGCCUGAAGAUCUGCCUUUCCAAUUACGGCGGUGAUGCUCGCAUUUACCUCGAAAACCUAAUCAGGGCAACUGGAGCCACCUACACAAAGACUAUGAAGAGCGAGAACACGCAUCUGAUUACCGCCCGGAGCAGCAGCGAAAAGUAUGAGGCAGCUAAGGACUGGAACAUCGAGACGGUCAAUCAUUUGUGGAUUGAAGAGAGUUACGCAAGAUCUGAAAAACAGCGCGUCUCUGUGGCCAAGUACUCCCACUUCCCUGUUCGCACAAAUCUCGGCGAAGUUGUCGGCCAGACCUUCUUCGAUGAGGCCAAGUUGCGAGAAAUCUACUAUCCGGGCGGAGAGGAGAAUAUGUCCCCGAGUGCCAAGCGGAAGCGUCAGAUCCUUGAAGCUGCCCACGACAACUCGUACCGAAAUGGUCCUGCCGAGGGUGUCGUUAUUGGCAUGCAUGAAGGGAACAGUGAGGAUGCCGUCGACGACAGUUUCAUGACGCCUGUCCGCCCUAAGAAAGGCGGUCGCGGAAAGGAGAACGACACCCCCUCUGGCAUGUCGACAGGAAGUCGGAGCGCAAAGAGCAAGGCCCUUACCAAUCUUCAACGCAUCGCGCCGGAUAUUGCACUAUACGAGAAGGAGAAGAAGCGCAGUACCAAGGAUGGACACGGUCCUUGGGGCGGUAAGCGUGCCGCGGACCAGAUCGACAGAGAGCGAGGACGCACCUCCAGCCCAGCGCAGGUUGCUGAUGAUGACGUUGAGGACGAGGAUAAGCGUCCAGCCAAGAAGCGAAAAUCUUCACGUCCGGACAUCGAAAUUAUGAGAGUUGUCCUGACUGGAUUCUCGAGAUGGGUCAACAACAAGACGAAGGAGGACCAGGAAAGGAGGAAUCUCCGCGACAUGGGCAUUCUCAUCGUCCAAGACGACAAGCCGUGCGACUACCUUGCCGCUCCGCAUAUGGUGCGAACCGUCAAAUUUCUCAAGACACUCGCCAAAGGUUGCAGCAUCCUGUCGUCCAAGUUCAUCGAUGAAGCCCUCGACAAGGGAGAAGUACCUGAUCCCGAAGAUUUCCUUCUCGUCGAUAAGGAAAGCGAGCAAAAGUUCGGCGUCGAACUCGUAACGGCUGUCUCUCGCGCAAGAGCCAACCUCGGCAAGCUUCUUUGGACCGUCCCCAUCUACUGCACCGAGCAAAUCAAGAAUGGGCCCGACUGCUUCAAGGCCAUCGCCGAGGCCAACGGCGCCAUGUUCAAGCUGUACCGCGCUCGCAGUGGCACGACGAUUAAGCCCACGACUGCCGAGGAGGACGGUGGUGCCCCGCCAGAGCCCGUGUACCUGCUCAGCUCCAACAGCCUCCAGGAACGGGCACUCUGGCCCAAAUUCGAGGAAAUGGCACGCAAGGGCCACAUGGAGCCUCGCAUCGUCGCGGCCGACUGGCUGCUCGACAUGGCCAUGAGGCAGCAGCUGUCGUUUGACGAGAAAUACCUCGUCAAGAACUUCUUCAACGAGGCCUAG